AUGGUCCUAGAUCAGUGGACAACACAAUCUGAAAGUGAAGCCACUUGGGAGCCAUUACAAUCACUCAAGGAGACUUAUCCUGAUCUGGACCUCGAGGACAAGGUCCUUCUUGACGGGCUGAGUCCACACAAGAUUCAAGGGAUUGGUGCUGGUUUUGUCCCUGGUGUCUUGGAAGUCAAUCUCAUUGAUGAAGUCGUUCAAAACGGUGGUUCUCAUCUUCCUGGGCAAGUUCUGGGUACUAUGGAUGAAGUUCCAGAUUGUAGGUAA